AUCCAACAGGAUAUGGGCUAUAACAAUUUAGCCAAUUUUCACAUUAUAAAGAAGAUCGGAAGGGGACAGUUCAGCGAGGUUUAUCGAGCUACAUACAUGCUAGACCAUACACCGGUAGCUUUGAAAAAAGUGCAGAUAUUCGACUUGAUGGAUGCCAAAGCUCGGCAAGAUUGCAUCAAAGAAAUAGAUCUCCUGAAGCAAUUGAACCACCCCAACGUAAUUAAAUACCACGCGUCAUUCAUUGAAGAGAACGAGCUAAAUAUAGUACUGGAGCUCGCAGACGCCGGGGACCUCUCACAAAUGAUAAAGCAUUUCAAGAAACAAAGACGACUGAUUCCUGAGAAGACAGUAUGGAAGUACUUUGUUCAGCUGUGCAGCGCACUGGAACACAUGCACUCCCGCCGCGUAAUGCACAGAGACAUUAAACCUGCUAAUGUCUUCAUCACAGCCACUGGAGUGGUGAAACUGGGCGACUUAGGCUUGGGACGCUUCUUCAGUUCCAAAACAACCGCAGCUCAUUCUCUAGUGGGCACCCCAUAUUACAUGUCUCCCGAGCGAAUACACGAAAACGGAUAUAACUUCAAAUCUGACAUCUGGUCGCUAGGCUGCCUGCUCUAUGAGAUGGCCGCCUUGCAGAGUCCAUUCUACGGGGACAAAAUGAACCUCUACUCACUGUGUAAAAAGAUUGAGCAGUGUGACUACCCGCCACUACCAUCUGACCAUUACUCUGAAGAGGUAUGUUUCAAGCGCAAGAGAUUUUUACACACUUUCUUUUUCUGUAUUUCAUUCUUCUGAAGUUGCGGUCACAUUUAACGUUGUACGGCAAAUUUUCACAGACAAAAUUCAGUCAUCCCGAUAAGAAUCCACGCAAUUAGGAAGGCAGAUUUCGCAGGAAAUUUUAAUGCAGAUUUGCUGUGAUAUUUUGCCAAAAAUGUGACCUCACCUUAGAGAAGUUCACUUCCAGAAUGAAAAUUUUCUGAUGAUUUCCUCAACCCCAUGUCAGACCGAACACAGGCGAAGAAUUGAAGAAACUGUGCGUGACCUUUCCAACAUGAGUACGCAUUGUGUGUAGUCGCGCAUGCGCAUUGCAGAGCUGGUGCAGGAUGAGCAUUUGUGGUUAAAAAUAUACAUUUUUAUAUAUUUUUAAGAAAAUGACUGAAAUUUGAACCUUCAACCCACUGAUCCCCAUUGAAGUCCACUA